AUGACGUUGGCAUUCCACACGCCUGCUCCAGGCGCAGAUGGCUCUUCAGGUGAUUCUUCAGGUGAAAUGUCAAGUGGCACAUCAGACAGCGACAACCUGAGUGCUGCGGAGAGGCUGCAGGCGCUGAAGCUGAGGCUGCAGCAGAAGCACAGAGCAGCAGAGGGGACAGGAGCAGGUGGGAAGAUUAAUAAUGGCCAUGGGGGAACGAGGAUGGAUGAUGCUUAUGGGAGCAGCAGAGGGGGUGAUGGGGGUGGGAGGAGUGAUGGGAGCAAUGAAAAUUAUAGGAGCGAUGCUGCGAAGAAGAGAUACGAUUUCGUGCAGUAUCCACUGAUUCGGCUUAUUCACCGCACUCGGGACUGCUCGCCUGUCACAGAAAAGCUCCUGGGCAGCGUGAGUUUGGAUCUAGUGGCGGAUAUGGCCGGCAAACUCACUGACGGCACCGGCAGCAUCACUGCAGUGGUGGCCCCCCAGCUGGGGGCCCUGCAUGACGUCAUCCUCACCACUGAGGAACCUUCUGAGAAGCUUCCGGCUUCUGCUGGAGCUGUGGGGGGAGCAGUGGGGGGCGCUGUGGGGAAGAUGAUGGGGGGGAAGGUGGGGGAAGGGGUUGGGGGACUGGGGGGGACAUUGGGGGGAGCGCUGGGGGGAGCGUUGGGGGGAUUGAUGGGGGGAAGGCGGGCUGCUGUUCCUGCUGGUAAGUCGAUGCCGAGGGAGCGAGUGGAGCAGCUUGAGACGUGCCCCUGCCUGCCGGAAAUAGCCGUACCUGUCAUGAGACCCCCGUGGGUGCGUGUGAUGGCACACAACGAGAACCAACAGCAGCAUGUGUAUCUGUUCAAGGGAGCAGCAGCCCGGUCCAUUCUUCGAGCCAUGGACCACUGUCACGGCAAGCUGCUGCUGGACGUGCAGUCACCUCUCUCUGCUCCCCACCGCCGUCAGCAGCAGCAGCAGCAGCAGCAGCAGCAGCAGCAGCAGCAGCAGCAGCAGCAGCAGCAGCAGCAGCAGCAGCAGCAGCAGCAGCAGCAGCAGCAGCAGCAGCAGCAGCAGCGCCUGAAACAGCAGCAACAGCCAGAGGAACAGCAGCAGCAGCUGCGGAGGCUUGAGGCUGCUGAAGGCACCACCAGUUGCGUGCCCAGAGCCGUCCCUCCCCGCAUGGACAGCGAUCGCUGCUUCGCAGCAUACCAUGAGGCAGGGCAUGCUCUUGUGGGGGCGCUGAGUCCGCUUGCUCGGGUGGAGGGGGUGUAUCUGGAGGACAAGGGCCAAUCAGCAGCGCCGGGAGGGCCCUACCGGCCAAUCAAGUACUCGGGGGGAACGGACAUCGUGUGGCGGGGGGAGAUUGAGCCAAUGCCGUUGCGACAAGUGGUUGUUCACGCCAUGGCCGUGUGGCUGGCUGGCAUGGCAGCAGAGGAGUUAAUGUUUGGCCGAGUUGAUUAUUUCACUCGAUCCGACGGCUGGUACUCAUUCUCAGAUGAUCUUGCAAAUGCUGCUGCGCUCGCCACGGCCUUUGCUCUCAUCUGCCGCGCUCCAGAGGUGUGGGGUGCUGCACCCACCGCACCACAGGGGGAGGCGAUACAGGCAGAGGCACCACAGGACCUCAGAGCCUGGCCUGAACAUUCGGAGACGAGGGGUGGACAGGAGGGUCUGAGGGGAGGGAUGGAGGAAGGACAAGCAGAAGCAGCAGCAGGAGCAGGAGUAGGAGAAACAGCAGGAGCAGCAGCAGCAGCGGCGGCAACAGUGAGACGAGUUGGGAGAGGCCUGGAGAUGCCAGGGGCGGGAGCUCAUGAGCAGAGGGUGCUGCAGGUGGUGCAGGAGGCAAUGUCCCUCGCAUCCUCCACUCUACGGCAGCAUGAGAGUGCUCUGCACGCCAUUGCAUGGCGCCUUGUGGAUGCUGGGGAGGCGAGUGAGGGCGAGAUAGCUGCUUCUGUCGCUGGUGCUGUUGUUGCUGGUGCUGUUGAUAACAUGCAGCACGAGGCUGUAAAUCAACCUGCAGCUGCUCCUGCUGCUGCGGCCGCAGGGUGA